AUGCCGAGACAAUUCACGAAAGAAACCACACCGACAAACUUGGGAGACACCAAUAUUGAGAAUAGACACCUCGACCCACUGGCGAAUUUGCAUCGAAGGGAUAAUUCCAAUUAUUCCGGAAACUUUUCUUUUCUAGACAUUUACUGUGCAGAAAGCCCUAAUAGAACCACAAAUGAAAACCUCCAAAUUGAUGAGCAAGAUCCCCUUUUCGUGGGAGAAGAAGAAAAAGAAGAAGGUAAAGGUAAAGGAGAAGGAGAAGGAGAAGGAGAGGGACAAGGAGAAGAAAUCAGGGUGGGUUCCAAUUUAGUAAAAAGUCUAGACGAUUCAUGUACUUUGAGUAAUCAAAAGGAGAACUACAUUGAUGACGACAACAUGGAUUUCAACAAUUCUUCAAAAAACUAUGGGAGGUUCUCACAAAACUAUAAUCUGCUUGGAAGUACCUUCUACGUGAAACCAACUUCAAACUACCUGGAUAUAAAAAUAUUAAGAUCGAAAUUCGAUCGAUACGGAUUCAAGAAAUCCUCAUCACAAAGCAGCACAACAAUCGAAGAGUAUAAUAAAUGGUUUAAAGAAUACCUGGAAGACGCGUCACGAAAGAAAAAGAAGUGGGAGUUAUUCUUAGCUUCAAAUGGCCUUAGUGUGAGUACAAAAAAUUCCCGCGACCUAGCAUCUCCUGAAAGUUCAUUUUCAGAAAACAUCCCCACGCGGUUCCCGCCUAGGUCCGAGAAAGUCAAAAAGUUGAUUCGAAGAGGUAUACCUCCAGAAUGGAGAGGAAAUGCAUGGUUCUUUUACGCUGGGGGACACGAAAAACUAAAUAAACAUCCAGGACUCUAUGAUCGAAUUGUUAAUGAAACCAAGAAUGUCAAAAAUAAGGACACGGAAGUCAUUGAACGUGAUUUAUUUAGGACAUUUCCAGACAAUUUGCAUUUCAACUCAACAUUAUCAGAGGAUUUGAGUCGGCCACAGAGCGAGGAUCUGAAGAGUAAAAAAGAGACGCAUAUGAUUCAAUGUUUGCGACGAGUCUUGGUUGCGUUUGCACAGUACCAGCCUCAAAUUGGAUACUGUCAAUCCCUUAAUUUUUUGGCAGGGCUUUUGCUUCUUUUCAUGAGUGAAGAGAGAAGUUUUUGGAUGUUGGUGAUUUUAACAGAAAGAAUAAUCCCUAAAGUUCAUGCAGCUAACCUUGAAGGUGUACAUACCGACCAAGGUGUGCUAAUGCUUUGCAUCAAGGAAUACAUGCCCGACUUGUGGAAGAUCUUGGGAACAAAUUUUGAAGGAGAAACACUACGGGAAGACCAGAUUCUUAUAAGGCUUCCACCAGUCACAUUGGUGACCUCUUCUUGGUUCAUGUCUCUAUUUGUUGGUAACUUACCAAUAGAAACAACAUUACGAGUGUGGGAUAUCUUAUGGUAUGAGGGUUCGAAAACCAUCUUUCGAAUCUCAUUAACUAUAUGCAAAUUGUGCGUCGAGUCACCCGAUUUUCAAAGUCAUAAAGUACAAAACGGCGGUGAAAGCGACCAGAUUGAAUUGUUUCAACUUAUGCAAAGUUAUCCCAAACAAUUGCUCGACCCAAACUUGGUAAUUGACCACUGCUUUAAGAAAAUUGGUGGCUACGGUUUUGGAUCGUUGUCGCAGGACGAAAUAGAUAAAUGUCGACGCUUUGUUUCCAAGCAAUGUGAAAAAAUGCAUCUCAACGAUAGAAGGCGCGACUUGACGGAUAUUAGCUUACAAGAAAGACAAGACUUGAUCAACUCGUCACAUAGUAGCUUAAGUGAGGACGGGAUUCAUGAUGUCUAUGGAUUUCACCGACCAAUAAUGAGUGGCAUGGUUUGGAACAGGAGUAUUAGCAACAAAGUUAAAAAACGGUUUGUUAGCAAAAAAAAGCAAAACUAG